AUGAUACAACUCAAGACGAUGCUUAACUGCAUCGACAACUCCGGCGCGGCCAUCGUCGAGUGCGUGGCGGUCAUGCGGAAAAAGGUACAACACGCAACAAUAGGUGACAGAAUAAUCGUCGUUGUGCAGAAACAGAGAUCCUUCGGCCCCGAAAACCCAGGCGGCUCGAGCUUGGGAAUUGCGAAUAAAGUGCGCCGAGGGGACAUACGACAUGCAGUGGUUGUGCGGGCCAAGAAGGAGAUCCAGCGGAAAGACGGCAGUCUGAUCAGAUUCGACGACAAUGCCUGUGUGCUGAUCAACAAGAACGGCGAUCCCAUCGGCACCAGAUUAUCCAGUGUUGUGGGAUCCGAGUUGCGGGAUAAAAAGUGGUCCAAGAUCCUCUCACUGGCGCCGAUGCAUGUAUGAUUUGAUAAUGAAGUCGAGGGUAGGAAAUACAUGUUGAAACAUCUGCGCUCUUGGACAGUUCUCUGCUUCUCAAGAUUCUUUGCUAUUGCAGGCAUUGACUGCGCGCUUGGCUAUUGAAACUCCUGGUCCCAGCUAUCUAGCGGUUGGCCAGAUACCCAUUGUCAUAAAAAUUUAAGUUGUACAAAGGUGACGAGAAUACAAAGCUAAUUGUGGAAUCGUCAAGUCCCUCCGUUGAGAAACUGAAAUGUUUGACGCCUGAUCAUCCG